AUCUUGUUCAGCUGCCAAAAAAUUCUUCUUCUUCUCAUUUCUUGCAAUCCGACAGGUCCGGCUUUCGUUAGAUCUGAGUUGGAUCUAUUGCCAUCAGACAAAUCCGGAUCUCAUCUCGUGCCAUCCGACAGAUCCAGCCAUUCAAGAGAUCCAAGUCUCUUUUCUCAUAAUGGAGAGAUAUAAUGAUAUUGAAGGCAACCGAGGAGCAUUAAAGACCACAUCAAGGUCAUCGGGUAACAAGAGAUGGACAUCAACUGAAAGUCGUUUCUUUAUAAGAUUUAUGGCAAGUCAAGUUGAGCAAGGCUUAAAAGUAGAUAAAAGCUUUAAGCCACAAGCGAUUCAUGGUGCUAUUCGAGCCAUGAAAGAUACUUUUGGGGUGAUAGUCACAGAGGCUAAUGUAAGCAAUCAUCUUAGGACAAUACGGAGAAGAUGGGCAAAGAUAAAAAAGUUGAAAGAGAUGAGUGGCAUGGGUUGGGAUGAUAACUUGAAAAUGAUUGUGAUGGGUGAGGCAGAGUAUAUAGAAUAUAUCAAGAUCCACAGCCAGGACGAGCCAUAUUUAAACAAGCCUAUUGAGGACUACGACCUCAUCGAGACAAUAUGUGGAAAUGAUCAAGCUAGUGGCCAAUAUUCCAUGAUGUCUGGAAGUCGUAUUGGCACACAAAUGGAUUACAACUCAGAUCAAGACGUAUCUCCUCAUGCACAACGCCUUGAUGAUAUGUCCUUUGGAGAGACAAAUGGUUAUAGUAAUGCCUCACCAUUCAGUCAACCCAAUACUUCUAAACCUAUGUCAGCAACUAGUCCAACACAAAAGAAGAAACAAAAAGGCAAGCGCAAAGCACACAUUAGUGAUGAUUCAGUCAACAAUUUGGCCAGUACUAUUAGAGAUGGGUUUGCAUCUGUUAAAUCCAGCCGAUCUGUGAGUUUUGCACGAGAUCUUCAAGAUGAAUGUAUGAAUUUGAAACAGUAUGGGUAUUCCAUUGAACAAGCUCUCAUGGCAUAUGAGUAUUUGAUGGCCGAUGAUGUACAAGCUCGAACCUUCUUUGGAAUGUGUGAGGAAUUUCGUCAAGUGUGGGCAAGUAAAUUCUUUUCCACCAUCGGUCGUGACCUUUGA